GGCUGACACGUAAAUUAUUUUAGUUAAGUUGCAGGUGGGAAGUUGGAGCUUAAAAGCCUCUCUUUCCUUCUCUCCGUUCCAUAACAGAGAAAGUAACUCAGUUGUCACCAAAACCAAACAUUGAAACAUGUCUUCUGUUCAUCAUGAUUCUGAAGUUGGUUUUGAAGAAGGAAUGCUCUGCUUACCCUCUCAUGUUUUGGACGAGGCAAACCACUCUAAUCAGGUAUAUGUGAGGAACCGCCACCAAAAACUGCAGCACCAGGGCCAUCGUAGAUUGCCUCGAGAACCAUGGUCACAGUACUCAAAAUCUAGUGGAAGAUCAUCAUAUCAGAGACCCAAAAAUGCCACGGGGGGGCCAGGAAUGCAAGCCAUUUUCUUAAGUUCCGGGCAGGAAACAUGUGGUACAGGCGUGUUCUUACCUCAAAGAGCAGGCACAAAACCAACCAAGAAGCCAGCUUGUGCUCCUGUUCUACUUCCGGCGCGAGUUGUUCAAGCUCUAAAUCUUAAAGUGCACACAUUAGGCCUGCAGAUUUCACCCCCUCACGUUCCUAAAUGCAACGCGCGACGAGGAGAAGAAUGCACCAAUGAAUCAACAAAAAAGAGAAAUGACCAGAAAGAAGCUCUCAGUAAAAGUUCUUCUCCAGACAUAUUUUUACCAAAGGAAUGGACUUAUUAGCUCCUGAAAUGUUAGUCCUGAUUUGAAUAACGCAGGAAAAUACUCAAAUGGGAUAUGCAAUGGCAUGCAGUAAAUUAUGGAUGGACAUCAUCAUAAAAGCUGCUGCUGAGGUGCUAAAUUAUUUGUACUGCUGUUAAAUUAGGAGCUCUGAUCAUGUAAUGUUAAUUUAAAUAAUAAAAGCAUUUCCCGUAUGGCAUA